AUGCCUCCGGAAAGACGCGUAUUCGCAUCCCCACCCCGGUCCCCCGACCUGGCUCCUAUAUCCCUCUUCUCCUCCUCCACAACAGCACCAACCGCACAAGACACACUCGCAAUACCCACAAGCUUACAUAUCCUAGACUCCUCGCACGACACGCAGUCGUCAACGUCGUGGACAUCGGGAAGUAAGGUUCAGCAGCAGCAGAGGAGAGCAGCCGCCAAGCGACAGAGCAGUAGUCAGACACAUGAGACCCAGCCGAGGCAUCAACAUCUGACCCGGAAACAGCACCGUCGGUUACAGGACGCUCAUGAAGAGUACCAUCGGCAGCGAGAGCUCUUUCAGGCACAACAGCAACAGCAGCAGGAGCGACAACAGCAUUAUCACCACCAUCAACAAACGUCAACAGAGCACGCCCAAAACCAGGAAGAGAUAUAUUCACCACAGCCGCAAUCUAGCGGCUUAUCCUUCUCCUCCUCGGGACAAUAUCCUCCAUACGCCGCCCCAUUCGCGCCAUCACAACGCUUCUCCAGUCUCUCACGGUCCUCAUCAUCCUCCAGCAUAUACCACUCCUCCCUCUUGGGUCCAACUGCAGACGCAACAGAGGCAAUAACAAAUCCAAGGUCCAGGAGGUCCUCACCAGGACUAUCAGACCACCAUCACCACCCACCUCGGCAAAGAGGCCCUUACUCUACCUGGACAGCCAUCCGCGAAAAUGAACGCCACCGCCUCCUCACCAACCUCUCAACCCUCCGCGAAUCUCUUCAGACAGUCCCUCUUCCCUCACAAGUCGCCCGUGAGAACUUGGGUCGACUUCAUCAACGGAUACAACGUCGACGUGUUCGGGCCAGGGAGACGAUUCUGUAUGACUUGCAUCAGGGUGUGAAAGUUGUUGAGGCCCAGGUGCAUCGACAGGUGGAGAUGGUGUUGAGUCGGUUGAAGGAAGCCCCCGCGUCCAAGUAUGCGUUUGCGUUGACGAAUAGUUUCUUGUCCCAGGUCAUCCCACCUACGAGUGUUACCGGGUCACUUCUGGCGCAGGCUGCUAAUGGGUUAUUCUACCAGGCCGAGUCCCCCUCCUCUUCCACUUCGACCUACGCCCAACAACAUCAGCAGCAACAACAACAAGAAGCCAAUGGUAGCAGGAGUGAGACAGAAUCUCUCACUGACGACUUUGACUCGAUCGCACUGGCAGGUCAACUGGGUACCGAUCGCCCCUCAGCACUUGCAGGACUGGGCGACCCGAACGGACUCUCGACAAUAGUUCCCCCUGGUGUCGCGGCAGCAUGCACACAGAUCCUGUCGGCUGCACUACCGUCCUUCAUACCGUCCAUGGUCGCACCGCUGGUCUGUGUCUUCUCGUACCAGACGCCUGCGAUUUCUGAUCUGGUACCGAUCCCUUAUACCCCUUAUCCUUGGUCCAGUGCCUCGUCUUCCUCGUCCUCGUCCACGGCAGCAGGAGCGUCGUCGUCAAGUAACACAAAAGUAGAAGAGCCCGCUCGAAAGGAGUUUGUCUAUCCGUGGGGUCAUCCUAAUGAACCCUAUCCGCCCCCUCCACCUCCUACCUCCCAGCUCACUCCGCCUACUACCACUCCAGCAGCCCGAUCACCACCCUCGUCCCCAUCCUCACCUACCAACGACAAGUCAAGAAAACAACAACAACAACAACUAUCAACCACAGGAACAUCACACCCAGACCCAGGAAUAGUAAUAGUCCACUCCAAGACCUGGACCCAACACGAACGCGAAGCCCUCUACCUCGCCGCAACCCGCUUCCGCCUCUCGGGUCAAUGGUCCAAAAUCCGUGAGAUGAUGAACCUCCACCGGACCGACGCCGAGAUCGAGGCCGAGUACAAGAAGCUUUAUGCCCACCGUGAUCCCUCUGACAAUCCCCUCCUCGACGAUGACGAAGACGAUAUCGAGAGCCAUUACGAUGCGCGGCCUUCCAUAAUCGACGCCAUGACCUACAACCAACAGAGCAAUGUUAACAGCGAAGAGGAGGAGGAGGACGCGGACGACGAGACAGAGACGAUGAUCUUCAUGAAGUUUGGGGGCGCUCGGUCGGCGAAUCAGAAACGCCAGCAGUUGCAGCACCUCCAGUCGAGGAGGCUGCAUUAUGACCACUUGCAUUUCCAGCCACCUGUCCCACAGCAGGAACUCCAACACGAUCAUCACCAGCAACGCCAACUACAUCAACAAAACUACCACCACCAACAGCAGCAGCAGUACCAGAACAACGGUGCCGUCAAUGUCCCACCUCUUCAUGACACCAAUACCCCUUACCAACAACAACAACAACAGCAACAACACCUUUCGAACGACCCGGACCCGAUCCGGAUCUUCAAGAAAGAGUUCAUGAUCGACAAGCGAUUCUCUCUGGAGGAGAUUCCCAUGCGGAUAUAA